UGAAUACGCAGCACCACCAACCACAAACCGCGAGCCACACUGACAGCCACAAUGAGCGAAGAAACCGCCGCAGCCGCAACAGCAACCCCGCCCGCCGCCGCGGACGAGGACAACGAGGAGGAAGACCUCGAGAAGCUUCAAAAGGAAAUCGAGCGCAUGGAGGCCGAGGCCGCCCGGAUCACCAGGGAAACGGACGACCUGGAAAAGAAAAAAGAACCCGGGGAGGCAUCCGCGUCCACCCCCGGCGCCAAUGGCGGAGGCGGUGAUACGGGAGGAAGCGAGGCCGACAAGGGGGAGGGUGGAAGCCGGGAGGCGACCUCCAUCUACGUCGGGCAGGUCGACUACAGCACGACCCCCGAGGAACUCCUCGGCCACUUUGAGGCCUGUGGGACGGUCGAGCGGGUGACUAUCGUCUGCAACAAGUACACGGGAAAACCGAAGGGUGCGUCAACCUGCCUUGUGUUGUCACGUCUUGUCUUGUCACGUCUUGUCUUGUCUUGCCUCGCGUUGUGCUGUGUUGUGUUGUGCUGUGCUGUGCUGUGCUGUGCUGUGUUGUGUUGUGUUGUGUUUGCGCUUGUGCGAAAUGCAACCAUCGCUGAAAAUCUCACCCAUUAAAUCACGCGCUAAUUCACCCACCACAGGUUAUGCUUACCUGGAGUUUCAGGUAUGAUUUAGAGAUUAUUGACUGACUGGUUGGUGGACCGGCGACAACGAACUUCAAAAAGUGGCGUGGAUCUCAAAAAGAGGGAACUAAUUAUGGAAUCGGGAACAUUGAUUCCAUCGAUGAAGCGCCAAGUCGGAGAAUCCGUGCCGUACCGCGUUGUCUGUUUCUGUCCCUGCUCGUCCCCCGUAAACCACGGUGCUUGCUUGGAUCCGAGCAAUCCAAUCUGUUGCUGCCGUUCACCAUCCAUGUGCUCCGUUCUUGUGUGUUGGGGUGUUUAUUUCUUUUGUUUUGUUCCCUCGCUUUCGACAAUUCGUUUCCUCGAAAUUAACUCUCUCCUUUUGCCAUGGCAUGCGUGGUGUGUGUUUGUUACUAUUUCUCUUUUUACUUGUUUGUUCCCCGCAACUACCGACACGUUGCGACCCGAUUCGAUACAUGACAAACCACCAACCACAAACACAACAACCACCACCGCCAGACGGAGGCAGCGGUCGAGAACGCUACCAAGCUGGACGGGUCGGAGUUCAAGGGACGGAACCUCAAGGUCAUGCCGAAGCGCGUCAACGUGGCGGGAUACCACUACCAGCAGGGAGGCGACGACGGCGGGGGCCGGGGAGGAGGACGUGGCUACGCCGGCAGGGGAGGCUACCGGGGCGGCCGCGGAGGACGGGGCCGGGGCGGAUACCGCGGAGGCUACCGGGGAGGACGGGGCGGCCGGGGGCGUGGCUACCAUCCCUACUACUAGGCACUGUUUCAUUCGGACGAAUCGAAUGGAAUCGAAUCGAAUCAGGCGGCAUUUGCUAGGAACAAGGUAAGUCAAGCAAGGCCAGGCCAGGCCUGGCCAAGAAUUUGCAGGUGGCUUCUCGACAUUUUCUGCGGAUGGAAAGCGAAACACACACAGAAAUCUUGACCAAACAGCAACAAUUCUAUGGUACACCCCAAAAAAGAAUGACAAAAAAGACGAAACGAAAGGAAAAAAUCGAAAUAAAAAGAGUAAAAAUUCACUGAAAAAAACAGUAACAACAAAAACCAAUAAAAAAGCAUUUUCCAA